UGGAACGAACAGUUACAGAGUUUCCCGGCCAGUGGUGUAGCCCUUGUGACCCCCGUUAUCGAAUUCUAUGACGAAUCCUGCGACCAAUUCCGAAAACGUAUUCGAAGGGAUUCGAUGGUAAUGCCUCGUCGACCCUCUGUCGGAAUUUCUUUGUUUUUUGUUUGUUUGUUUCUUUUUUUUUUUUUUUUUUUUUUUAGUGCACCCUUUGUCCUACGUUCAAGGAGUGCACGGCUUACGAGUGUAUCGAGCGUUAUUAUCGUUUACUGCACGGCGUCGUGUCCUCCGACGUGAACGAAAAUGCUCUUCAAACGGCGUCAGAGAAAUUCUGGCUACGCCACUGGGGGGAGGGGGGGGGGCCUUCCAUUGCUAAAAAGAGCGAGAGAAAAUGGGGUGGCCAAGGAUGGAAGCUAGUACACUGAUGAGAGAGCAAGAUGAGAUGAAACGAAGAGUGGGGAGAGGGGGGUGGGUGGGGUGGCGGGAGGCUGGCGGGUGGAUGGAAGAAACGACAGGGCGAGAGGGAGGAACCGCGAGGGUUAAGCGGAGAAGGGGGUGAAGGGGUUAGUUGCUGCUUGGUACUCGGCGGGGCGGAGGGGGUGGGAGAGGGCCGGAGGGAAGGGAAAUAGAUCGGAUUGCGUGGUCGACACGAGGGUUGGUAUGAGUGCGACGGGAUAAAAGAGGGAGCAAAAGUGAGAGAGCGGGCGACAGAGAUGUUGGGUGGUUUGCAGCGUGAGAGAGAAAGAGCGAGAGAGGGUUGGCAAGGACGUGGAUUGGUCGGAGGGAAAGAGAAAGUCGAGGUAAGACGUGGGAUACGACACGGUUUGACAGGUGACAACCGAUCGGACCACUGACGUCACAGAUCACUCGCUCGACCGUUCGCUCGCACGCACAAACACGAUUUAUAACCGUACACGUACGCACACACACACACGCACACAACCGACCGUACGUUCUUGACGGUGCACGCGCGCGCGCUCGUGAGACGUGCCCGUGUAUCACGCCGUUAUUCGCGUUCCGUGCACAGGCUACGUCGUACGUAGCUUUUCACGUCGCGAGGGAACAAAUAAAAAAUGUUGCACCGCACGAGAUGGUGAGACGGAGUGAAAGAGCACGGGGAUAAGAGAGACGGAGAGUCGUGACAGAAGAAAAAAAAAAAGGUACGAAGAAAUGUUCAUAGGACGAUGCGAUAAAGAGGUCCAGGGUGAAACGGAAAGGGAGAAAAAGAACGAGAGUGGGAGAGACGAGAAAUUUUUCGACGGAAAAUAAAAGAGAAAUUCCAAAGGUUAUAAAGGAUCUAUUAGUUUUUGACAUUAAAUUUUCACAUAAUUUGGUAACACAAGCGGAAAAGUUCAAUUUUAUGAAGCAAUUGAGAGUGCAUUACACAGUAUUGGAGAUAUCAUGUCAUGGCAUUCCAUGGAUCGCAUCAAUACUUGCACUUAUUUGGAUUCUAGACAAUAAAAGCUUGUAUCAAGUACAAGUCAAUUUGUUGAUAGGCCUGCUAUUGGACAUUAUCGUCAUUGCUUUGUUGAAAUCAGUUACACGACGAAGACGACCUUCAGUGUCUCCUGUUCCUUUUGCAGUAGGGCCUGACAAAUAUUCAUUUCCAUCGGGUCAUGCUUCACGGGCAAUGUUAGUGUUCUAUUUCUUUAAAUAUUUGUGGCCGGUAUCUGUACUUUUUCUCACUCCUAUAUUAGCAUGGGUUGUUGCCGUAAGUUUGUCUCGGCUUUUAAUGAGAAGACAUCAUGUUCUUGAUAUUAUUGUAGGAUUAUUUGUAGGUUAUGCAGAAGGACUAUUUAUGAGUUUGAUGUAUUUAGAGCCAGAAACUUGUUAUAAUUUAGUAUAUUGGUUAACUGAUGAAAAGCUAAGUGGUGCAGAAUAUGAUAUUUAGGUGUUAGUUAUGGACAUUUAAUGUUUGUUUCUUUAAAUUUGGACUUGACUUUAAAUCAUCUGCAACAAACAAUAAUAAAAAGGUGAUAUUUUAGUUUAUCAUCAGCAAAGUAAAUUAUUCGUGUUAACUAUAUUACUUUUAAAGAGUAAUGAAUUAUUUAGUAUAACUCUAUAUGGACCAUCUAUAAAGUAGACUUUGAUAAUAUUUUUUUACAAGUAUAAAAAGUAUGUAGUUACAUCAAAGAUAGUAUUUAAUUCUAUAUUACUAGUAUAACUCAUUAAUAAAGAUUAUCCAGCUACUUUAGAGGCAAGUAUGUGUUGCAAUUGAUUUAAAGUUUUAUAUAAAUUUCCAUCUGUUGACGUUUUCUAGAAACAGAAAUAAACGGAAUUUUAUUUGAAUGGUAGAUGACGAAUAAAUACUCUAUGUAGUAAUUUAUUUGCAACAUUUAUUUAAUUAAAAUAAAUGGAUAGGUGUUUAAGGAUCGAAAAAAUAUCCGAAAAAUUAUAUCCGAUAACUCGUAAAUCAUGGUGUCAAAUAAUUUACAAUAUUUUGUACUUUACUCAUUUAUUCUUUUGUCACAUAAUAUAAUUCUUUUGAUAAUGA